AUGGGGAAGCACCAUGGCCAUGGACUGCAGCUUCUCAUGGCCUUCGCCUGCGCGUUCCUGGGGCUCCUCCUCUUCUACGUCUUCUGCUUCUACUUCCGGCGGAGGGCGGCGCCGAAAGGUCGCUCCUUGGAGGACGCCGCCUCCGGAGCGGAGGCGGAGGAGGCACUUAUCAGGUUCGCCGGAGGAGAGGAUCUGACGGCGCGCGACAUCUUAGACGCGCCCGGGGAGGUGGUCGCCAAGUCGAGCCACGCUACCCUCUACCGGGCCGUCCUCCGGCGUGGCGACACCCCGGCGUUGCUCCGGUUCGUCCAGCCGGACUCCGCGGCGCGCACCGAGGACGUGCUGCCGGCGGUGCGGCGGCUCGGCGCCGUCCGCCGCCACCCGAAUCUGGUCCCCUUGACCGCCAUGUACCUCGGGCCGCGAGGAGAGAAGCUCCUUGUGCAUCCUUUUUAUGCCGCAGGAAAUCUCGCACAGUUCAUCAGAGAAGGUGUUUCAGAAGCUCACAGUUGGAUCAUCAUCUUCAAACUGUCCUGUGGCAUUGCCAGGGGCCUUGACCACCUGCACAAUGGGCACAGUAAGCCCGUCAUCCAUGGCAACCUCAAGUCGAACAAUGUCCUGCUCGAUGUCGGUCUCCAGCCCCGGCUUUCUGAUUUCAGUUUGCACACCAUCAUGAACACAGCCACAGCACAAGCAAUGCUGGAUGCAUCAGCAGCCCAGGGGUACACAGCCCCUGAGCUGAGCAAGAUCAGUGACUCGAGCCCUGCGACCGAUAUCUACAGCUUCGGGGUGGUCUUGCUCGAGAUGAUCACUCGAAAGGACCCCCUUGACAACAAGUUCUUGCAGAAGGAUCUUCAUUUGCCGUCCUCGCUUAGGAUUCUGGUUCUUGAACAUAAACUCUCUGAUGUUUUCAGCUCCAAGCUUCAGAAGGAAAGUGUGCAUCAGAAUUCUACCAAUGAGGAAGGUUUACUGAUGCUGUUUCAACUUGCAAUGGCAUGUUGUUCGCCUUCGCCUAAUCUCCGGCCCGACAUCAAAGUGGUUAUCAAGCGCCUCGAAGACAUCGGUAGAUGACUAUUCAUCAAGUAGUGAAAGCCACAGACUGAAACACUCUGAAAACAAAAACUGAUAAUGGUUAUCAGAACUGAUGUUUACCUUCUCUUGUAUCUUUCAGUUCAUUGUGUUAGUUUAGGAAAAUCGGAGACCGAUGAUUGCUUGAAACUGUACUGUGGAUUUGAAGCUUCCUGCAUGUUUCAGAAUCAGAAAACAUGUCACAACAGAUAAAGAUAUAGAUCUAGAUGCCUUAGAAAAUAUGAUAACUUUACAGGAAUCUCCUUAUGAACAGCAUGUGCUGGAGAUCUGCAUUAUUAAGAACAGUCAUGUGAUUUGGUUU